AUGAAUGACUCUCCAGGUGGCCUCCUGCAGCUCAUAGCCUUCAACAAUCUUUCUGACGAGGGCCGCGCAAUCUUCCUCCCGGCCACAGGCUUCCUGCUGGGCAUUGUGACGAACUGGCUGGCCAUCCUCAUGGUCUUCAAGCCUUGCUUCCCAACACCCAUCCGGAUCUGUGGCUGGCACAUCUGCAACAUCCAGGGUCUCUUCCUGAAGCGACAGCCUGAGGUCUGCGUGCUCUAUGCCAAGAUGUUGAAGCAGAGCUGUUCGGAGAACUUCCUCUCCUUCAACAAGAUCAUCGGCUAUCUGCAGACGCUCCCCGAGCUUUGGGAGAAGCUGAAGGCAGCGUAUGUGGCACACUCCACGGCCGUGCUUCGGGAGACCCUAGGCUCAGCCACCUGGUUCGCGCAGUGGACCAUCGGCAAAGAGGGGUACAGGGACUUGGAAGAGGACCUCAAGGCCCGGGCCUUCACGGGAUUAGUAGCCAUGGUCGACGGCCUCUACCGCGCGCAUCGUCUUCACAAGGUGUCCGCCCAGUACAUCUCGAAGGUGACGGACAUCGAAGCUCGAAACAGGGAGUGUCUCCAGCGCAUGCCGGCCGACGAGUUCGAAAAUCUGCUCCACUCCGUCUUUCAGGAGGAUGAGUGGAUCUUGAUCCUCCUUGGGGGAAUCCUUGGGGCAAUCGUGGGGAUCAUGCAGGUCUACUGCCUCUCCGGCUGA